ACUAAAACUUUAUUUUAUUUUAUUUUUUUAAAAAAAUAGGUGUUUGGGGGUGGCCUGCGAGCCACCCCAGAGGUUAUUUCACCCUAAACCCUAAAGAACAAAAAACACCCUUGAGUCUCAUCUCAUUCUCUUAUUCCAUCUAACUCUCAACCUCUCUCUCACGUCGCCAGCAUCGAACUCAUUUCUCUCUCUCUCUUUCUCUCGUCGCCGCAUUGCCUCCUCUCCCUCGCCGAACUGCGCAUCCCUGCAUCCAAGUAUCAACUGAUUGCAUAUCUUUUAAGUUCAAGGCUGAAUCUCCAUUCUCUCUCUGUUUCCUCUCUUGGAUUGGUUAAAGAACCAUUCAAUCAACAAUGAGGAAGAGUUGGAAGACUUUAUGGAAAGAUAUGAUGAGCAUGAUGAGCUUCACAAUCAACCUUCAAAUUCAAGGACUGAAACAUCUAAUGUCUAGAGGAAGGAUGAACGAUACAAAGAUAGGGCAAAGAAGCUGGAGGAGGAUGUGAGAAGUAUGAUUACUAAUGAAAAUGCGGACCUAUUGGAAACACUUGAACUGAUUGAUGAUAUUCAACGAUUAGGUUUGGGAUACCGAUUUGUGAGGGACAUAACAAGAGCCCUUGACAACUUCGCAUCUUCAAAAUGCUGUAAUGAAGGAAUUGAGAAGAGUCUCCAUGCUACUGCUCUAAGCUUUAGGCUCCUUAGACAACAAGGAUAUCAUGUCUCUCAAGAUGUAUUUAACAGUUUCAAGGACCAUAAUGGCAAUUUCAAGGAAUGCCUUAGAAAGGAUGUCAAAGGAAUGUUGGGUCUAUAUGAAGCUUCUUAUCUUGCUUUUGAAGGAGAAAACGUCUUGGAAGAGGCCAUGGCAUUCACAAGAAUGCAUCUCAAGGAACUCAAAGGAGAUGUGAGCAAAAGCAUGGCAGAACAAGUUAAUCAUGCAUUGGAGGUUCCAUUGCACCGUAGAAUGCUAAGGCUAGAAGCUCGGUGGUAUAUUGAGGCAUACAAUAAGAGGGAAGGUGCAAAUUCUCUUCUACUUGAACUUGCAAAGUUGGAUUUUAACAUAGUGCAGUCGGUGUUUCAAAGAGAACUUCAAGAUAUGUCAAGGUGGUGGGAAGAAAUGGGUCUGGCAAACAACUUGAGCUUCACUAGAGAUAGACUGGUGGAAUGCUUCUUUUGGACAGUUGGAAUAGCCUCUGAACCUCAAUUAAGUAAUCUUCGUAAAGGGUUAACAAAAGUGGCUGCUCUUGUAACCACCAUUGACGAUGUCUAUGAUAUUUAUGGUACCUUGGACGAACUAGAGCUGUUUACAGAUGCUGUUGAAAGAUGGGAUGUUAGUGCCUUGAAAAAUCUUCCACACUAUAUGAAGUUAUGCUUCUUAGCUCUCUACAACACUGUUAAUGAGAUGGUAUAUGACACUCUUAAGGAGAAAGGAGAAAACAUCCUUCCAUACCUAACAAAAGCGUGGGCUGAUCUUUGCAAAGCAUUCCUACAAGAAGCAAAGUGGUGUCACAACAAAGAUAUGCCAAUCUUUAAAGACUAUAUUGACAAUGGCUGGGUAUCCGUUUCGGGGGUGGUCUUCCUUGUUCAUGCUUAUUUUUUCUUGAAUCAAAAGUUCACAAAGGAAGCACUUGAGGGCUUAGAAAAACACCACGACCUUUUGUGUUGGCCAUCAAUUAUUUUUCGACUUUGCAAUGAUUUGAGUACUUCAGCGGGAGAGUUGAAGAGAGGUGAAACUGCAAAUUCAAUCCAUUGCUACAUGCGUGAAACUGGUGUUUCUGAGGAAGUUGCUGAGAAACACAUCCGUAACAUGAUUGAUAGGACUUGGAAAAAGAUGAAUGAAGAGCGAGUAGUUGAUUCUCCAUUUGGAGAAGGUUUAGUGGUAACAGCAAUCAACCUUGCUCGGAUUGCCCAAUGCACAUACCAAUACGGCGAUGGGCACGGAGCCCCAGACGUUAAAGCAAAAAAUCGAAUCGUAUUAGUGAUAAUAGAGCCUGUUUAAUUCAAUGAGAGAUAGACCCUUCUCUAUCAAUUACAAACAUGAAUGUGUGGCGAAGAUGUGAGAUGUCAAUGAAAAACUUGUUUCCAUAUGCGCGUGCACAUAUCACAUAUGAA